CCUGGAAUCGCCCCGCCCUCGCGCGCGUUCGGCUUCCUGUUUUCCUUCCGCACAGCCAUGUUCAACCCACGUGUGUGUGUGUUUAGGAAGCUACAGUCAGCGGGAUAGAUGUUUCUAAGUAGUGAAAGGAGCUUGAAAGGCGCUCUAAGUCAGCUGAAUUGCUCUCACAACAGAAUGAAUCCUGAUGGAGAGUAUCUGGGAGCGUGUGUGUCACUGAGUUAGCAGUUAGCAUGUGUCUAAGAGUGAGGCAGUAAAUAGAGCGUUAUGGAGAAUAUUUCCGAGGUUUUGGUACAGAACGACUCUCAGAGAGAAACUAUGUUUGAAACACCUGCGUCUGACAGUGACUCUGGUGACAGCUUGUUUUUGACCCAGUCUGUGACUUCAGCUUCGAGGACUGUUAAAAGACACCGUCCAUCUUAUAUACCAGCGUGUCCCUUCAGUCAAGAGUCGGAGGAUGAGCGUGAAAGAGACGGCGACCAAAACGCACAGCAUGAAGACACGAGGACGAGGAGCGACUCUGACAGUGAAACUAAUUAUGCUAACUUGCAUCAUAGAUGGAAAUUACUGGUAAAGCCACAUGGCAGGAUUAGCUGUCGGUCUCGCCCAAGGUGUCAGAGAGCAACUCCAAAGAGGAUGGUGUUACCUUUCCUGAAGAAGUCUAGGUCUGGACAGCUUUCUGCCCGCAAAAACCAAAUUAUAGUGAAUUCAGAGAUUGGUGGGUUCUUCAAAUGUAUAUCAAAGCUCAGCAAAGGACAUGGAGAAAAAAGAAGAAGAGAACUGAGUCCAUCUAUAUUGCCUUCUGAAUGGGAGGAAAACAAUGUGGAGGAGAAUGAAGAAGAUGAUGAGGACAUUAGAAAAGUGAGUACAGAUUGCUUUAUUUUGCACACACAUAAAAGAAACCGACGAACAUGGCUACCAUCCCUGAAAUGGAAAACAAAACAGGCUCCAAGAAAGUGCACUGAGAAAAGCAACAAGUGUCAAGAAGAGCAGGAGAAAUGCCAUCAACCCACGGAAGUUGCUGAAGACCUGAUGGAGCCUCAAGACGACACAGAUAUACAUAAUGAGAGCAGCUCAUUUAAUAUAGAAGUGUCUCAGCCCAGGAAAAAGGGUGAGAAAAGCAGGAAAUCUCCUGCUAGGUCUUCUCUCUCUCCAUGCUCUUCCCCUUCUCAUCUUUCCCCUGACAAAUCUCCUUUUGUUCGAAGUCUCUUCAUGGAUCAUCAGGAGGAACACACUGAGAACCAGCCGCAAGUUCUAGUGACAUGUUCACAAUCACAAUUCGUUGAUUGGCAUCAAGCCCAGAAAAUCAAUCAAGCUUGUGAGAACUUGAUGGAACCAAUUGAUGAAAUGGCAGUUGAGGAGACUCAGUGGCCAAGUUUGGCAGAGCAGGAUGAAGAUGAAACCCAGAUUUUGGAGGACAACCCUACGGAUAGAGACAGAGGGAAAGAUGCCCUCUGCUUGGAGAACAACUCAUUCCGUGAACACCAAGAACAAGACGAGGAUAUCCGUGAAGGCGUACAUCAUGAACCAGUGGAAAAUGAAGACUUGAGUAGUGUAAGUGGAGGUUUCAUCAGCUCACAGGAUCUUUUUCAAGAACCAAAUAAUCAGGCAAGUCCUUUAAAAGAGACUAGUGUUGAAAACGAUAAAGAAGUCUUAGAAAGCCACGUGGUGCUACAUGAUGAUGUAGAUUCAAUAAUAAAGAAGAAAAAGAGAAAAAGUUCAUUAAUCUUAGCAGAUGCGGAGGGCGACGAUGUUAAAUAUUCCAAAUCUCAAAGGACUCAACCGACUGAAAUAAUUUCAGCAACAGCUGGAGAUAUAUCCCAAGAAAGAAAGGUAAAGGACAAAAAGACAUUGGAUGAUAGUGUGGAGAAUGCAUAUCCAUCACUGCCAUUAGAGGAUUACACAUCAGGAUCCAUAGGAAAUGAUUGCUCAAGUCAUAGUAAGGAAAUCCUCAUGGUCAGACAGGAAGUGAAGACAGAGACCCCAUUGUUUAAUUAUGGUGGGCUGAAAUUUCUGAAAAGGAAGAAAGGUAAAAAUACUGAAGCCCCUGAGAUCUCUGAUAAUCUGGCACAGAUACAAGCUGAUCCGGGUCAGAAUGAAGUCCACAUUGUCAAGGGGAAAAAAAGAAAAAAGGACAAUGAGGGGUUGUUGGAGGAACCACUUGACACCUUGCCAGAAAUCAGUGUUUCUGCAGGCUCAAGUCUAUCAGUUCAGGACACUUCAGUGGUUUGUGCUUCAGUUGGUGGAAGUAAACCAAAGAAAAAGAGAAAAAAAGACAAACAUGGUCAACCAGUGCCUCAGGAAGGUCAAUGGAUUGGUGUAGAGGAGACUGUCCAGAUCUCGUGUCAAGGUUCUGCUUCUUUGGUGUCCAUAGCUGAGGAAACUGAGCAACUAACCAGAACUGAUCUUUCUAGUCCUAGCAUGAGUCAUGAGGUUAGCCAGCUGGACAGUAGUAGACAAGUUAAUAAAGAUCUUAUUCAAUCUGAUGGUCUUGAACCACGAAGGAAAAAGAAAAAGGAGGCGAAGAAAAGUCCUGAGGAAAUGGUUACUCCCCAGUGUAGUGAAGAGUCUCAUUCGAGCCAUGGUACCAAAACUGUCAAGAAAAAGAAGCAGAAGUUUAUAGAUGAUGUUGGAGAGAUGGCUACGGCCAGUAAGAAUCUUGGAGAACCAUUGGACAAAAUUCUUGAAAUACCAGCAGGCAUAGAAAUCCAAACAAUGAAUAGCAUAGAUUUGAAGACAGAUGACUCUGUAACUCCAAGGAAGAAGAAAAAAAGAAAGCAGCGAGAGGUGGUCAGGGAAGAAAAUGUGGACGAUGAGGCAUUGUUGGUAGAGACCACACAACAAGCGGGGACUCCAGAUACUGUUCAAGAUUCUGAGCAGCAAGCAGUUGAGGUGGUUCUGGUGAGAAAGGUAAAAAAGCAGAAGAAGAAGAAGGACAGAACUGAAACGCAUCAAGAAGAGGAGGCAUCUAAAAAUGCAUCUGUGUCACUCAGACUUGGACUCUGUGAGAUGACUACAUCCAAUACUCCAAGCACCAGAAGUGAGACUGGAGGGAUUGAUGAGGAGGAAGGUCUUGGUGGAUCAGAACCAGUGAAGAAGAAAAAGAAGAAGAAGAAAAGGAAAGAGUUGGAAAAUGAUGGCUCGUGGUCGUUUUCUCAUGGCUUGGAAUAUUCGCACAAUACUGAACAGACAACAGUGGUGAAAGAAGCUUCAAGUAGUGGACAGAAAUGUGGCGAAGAAAAUCCUGCACCAUAUUUGGAAAUGCAAUUGACAAAUGACACCAGUGAGAAAAAGAAACGUGAGAGGACCAAAGGUGACAAUUCUGAAAGUAGCCAAGAAGUACUGCAAUCAGAAGAUACCAUACAGCCUAAAGGGAAGAAGAAGAAGAAGAAAAGAUGGGUAGAAACAGACAUAGAAGUGUAUCCUGAGAUUGUUGAACAUGACGUGUGUCAGGAGAGUGGUUCUCCAUCAGAACCUUCAGAAGCAGUAACUGAGAAGAAGAAAAAGAAGAAGAAGAAAAAGAAUAGAAAGGACACAGUUGAUAGAGGUGAGAAUGAGAGUUUAGAUGUAGUACCUGAACUAAGUGCUGCAGAAGAAACAAGAGAUGUUUUAGUCACAUGCCAUACUAAAGAGGACAGUAUUUCAUCCUCAGGGGGUGAAUUAUUAGUACAUAUUAAGAAAAAGAAGAAAAAGAAGCAAGUAAGAGACUCAAAUAAUGAUCUAGAGGCCACACUUUGAGCUGAUCAAGUGACUGUCUCUGGUGAGUCAAAUCAAUGUUUACAGACCCACAGUGCAAAGCUGAAAAAGAAGAGAAAGAGAGACCAUCUAUGAUGAAUGCCAUUUUUGCAUAUAUUUGCCUGUUGUUGUUUGUUUAUUUCAAAAUAUCAGCUGUUUUUUUUCUUAUGUUUACAAAAUGUAAGUUGUUUUUAUCCCUAACUAUGGAGCGGGGCUUUCACGUUUUAACAGAACCAUUUACCUCAAAUGUACCUCAAAGUCCCAAAAAUUCAUACUUUGUAAUCCAAAUUUUGGGUAUUUUUGUCAAUGAAUUUACACAUACUUUUUAUCCAUUUAUAGUUACACUUAAUGUGGUGAAACUCCAUGAAGCCAGUUAGUUCCUGGUAUCGCUUAAAUUGUAACACCUAUAAACAGUUCCCUCCCCAGGAUCUCUUUUUUCCCUCUUUGUUAAUAAGUUGAAGUUAGUAAGACAAAAAAAUGCAGCUUGUCAUGUUACUGAAAAACUGCAAAGCAUAAAGCCUUCAGACUUUCUCAUGUCGGCAAAAACUCAGAAUUGAGUAUUGAAUGUAAUGCAAGAAGCUGUAGGUGUUCAAAAACAUUUGACUGGUAGUGUACAGCCACAUCUAUUUUUUAAUUAAAUUUUUUUUUGUAUCCAUUUAAAUAUUAAUUAUUUUAAAUCUUUUAUAAAUUCUUUAUUUAUAUAGAACUUUUUCAACUAAAAACUGCUUUAGCUAAGAAAAUUAACCAUAAGUAACUUAAGAUAAGUCCCAGCUUUUUAUGAAUUAAUCAUUUUUUAUGUUAUUAUUAAUUAACUGCUGGAAACCUUUUAAAUCUGUCUCCAUUAUACAUUGCUAAUGUUAAAUAUUUCUGCUUAAAUAUUAUCUUGAAGUGGGGAAGUGUCUCCCUCAUCUGGUACAUUACGUGUAUAUACGUACAUGCAUGUACAGAUGAUUUUUUUUUUUCUUCAUUGCUAGUUAUUUCUGAACACCACUACAAACUGGUGAAGUUCAACAAUUGAUCACUGUUCAUGCAGAAACUGUAAUGUUACUUUUUUUGCCAAAAUGUUUAACUUCAAUUUCAAAUGACUGAUUUGGUAAUCAGGUUAGUCACAUUCAAAAUAAAGUUUACAGUAUAGAAGACACUUCUGUACUGUGGAACUGCAGGCAUGUUUGCUAAUGAUAGGUUCACGUGACUGGAAAAAUAUUGGAAAAUAUAAGGCUGGCAAAUAAGCAUUUCAGUGUUUAUCUUAAUUUCAUGUCAUAAUUAGGCAAUACUAAAUCAUAUUUUAGACAGUUACUGCAAACCUUAACCUAGAACUAGAAAGAUGUAUGUAGGACACAAGAUUAAUGAAGUGAUAUUUGGGAGAGAAAGAAGUAAGUUCCCGUUUUCACUUACGUUAUAGCAGCUAUAAACAGCCAUUUCCUCACCAGCCUUUCUUUUCUUGUUAUGCAAAGCUAUCUUGCAGUCUCGCAAUUGUGAGUUAAUAUCACUCAAUUUGCGACUUUUUUUAUCUCGUAAUUGUAAGUUAUUUUCACACAAUUGUGACUUUACCUCUCACACCUGUGAGUUAAUAUUUCACAAUUGUGACUUUGUGCUACCGUUUCCAAUAAUCAAACCACAACAAAAACCUAGCAAUGUGUUGCGAAGCAAUAUACCCUAAGUGAAGUAUUCUUUUCAGUGGGAAUGGACCACUCCUGGAGAAUGUCUUAGGUUGUGGGAUUAAAAGUCACGAUUGUGAUAUGAAUCUGCAUAACAUUUUCUCAUGUUUUGGAAACAAGCUUCCAUACCUUUCUUUCACUCUUGAUGUUAAUAAGACAAAAAAAAUUGCAGCUUCUCAUGUUACUGAAAAAACAGAAACCCCUCCAUCCUAAAGAUGCAAAAUUUAACAUUACAACCUUGUUUAUGUUAGAAAGUGCUGACACUGAAGACUCCUUCCAAAAAUGGUAAAUGUCUCCUGACAAAAAGCUUCACCAUAUCUACAAUUGCAUGUUUUUAAAAAUCUGUUUAUGAGGGCCGUGUGCCAUGCAAAUCGCUGAGAAAGUUAAUACUAUAGAAAUUAUAAUGUAUUGGAAUGAACACUUUAAUAUAAACCUUGCAGCCGAAACUACCGACCAAUCAGAACUGAGCAUUCAACAGUAGUGUGGUAAAAAUGGAUUUAUUAUCUGUUAAAAAAAAAUUUAACUGACAGUAUACACUUUUGCCCAAACGGAGUGUGUAAAUGACAAGCUAAAGGGGACUGAGAACAGAACCUUGGGCGAGUCAUUGUAGUGCUGGGGAUGUACAAGGUUGCUGGUUGCCUAAAGAAACUAGGUGUUGUCUUCCUGAGCACUAGGAAGACGUCUGUAAAAGUGGAUAUGUGUCUAAAAAAAGUAUGUGAUAAGUGACACCACUUUGUAGCUUUUUCUCUUUUUAACAUUCAACUGUUCUUUAUUUAUUGACUGUUGUAACCUAUGCUUGAACUCAAGUAAAUGGUGUAUGCAUUUUUUUUUCUUUCAGUAUUUCUGAGUUUCUUUUUAUAUGUAUAUGUCUGAUUAUGUGUUGUUUUGGAAAUCAAAUUGUCUCAGAUUGCAGUGCCUCCAGGGUGAAUUCUGCUGCUGAAAUCUAUAGUCACUUGACACCUCCAAGUAGUUGUCUAGCAAAGUUCACGCAUGCUAUUACUGGAACAGCUCUUGAAAUGGUGGUAAGGGAGCUUCCCCAGGUGGAACUGGACAAAAUUUUUUUUAAAAAGGUGUGUUAACUGGAAUAACUGGAAUGCUGCCUCUGCUGUUGGGCAUUUUCUCAUGGGCAUGAAUAAAGUAAGUUAAGUUUAAACCAAAAAAAAAAAAGAAAGAAAGAAAAA